AUGCUGCCUGGAGAGGAGUGCUGGGUCUCCAUGAUCUCGAUGGUUUCAAUGACAGUGACCUACUCCUCCUACAAAUCUGCACGGAACAGCCGGCUCAUCCUGACUAACACAUUAUUUCGCCUUCAGAUGCGAGAGAAGGCCACCUGGAUGCAUCCUCGGUCGCGUCAGUGGCACCUGCUGGAAUAUGUCCUCGUUCGGAGACGAGACCAACGGGACAUGCUGGGGACAAAGGCGAUUCCGGAUGCUGAUGGGUGAGCCGAUCAUCGCCUCGUCAUCUCCGAUACGCGGAUUCGCUACAGCUUCAAGGAGACCUCAGGUUAAGCUAAACAUUGAUUCGUCGUCUUUGUCAUCUAGCCAUCUACAUUUCACCAGAGAGCUAGUUCAGCGACUAACCAACCUUCCAGUCGCCGCCAUCCAAGGGAACGCUUCCGUUGAGAACCGAUGUUGUCAACUGCGGGACACGGUCCAGUGGACGGCCCUGACUGUCCUCAGUCGCUCACAUCACCAACAUCAGGAUUGAUUUGAUGACAACGACGCCACCUUCAGCAAUCUGCUCAACGAGUUGAACCACCAGCCCCAAACCUACAUCAACCCUGCCACCGAGGACACCAAAGCAGACUUCUACCGUAGUCACUGCUUCGUGCAACGGUGAUUGCGGGAAUUACAGGACGCUUAGAGGGCUCGCAAGGCCGAUGAGAUCCAAGGGUACGUGGACCGCAACGAAUAGAAGAAUUUCUUCUCCGCGAUCAAGGCUAUCUGCGGUCCGACAAACAAAGGAACUGCUCCUCUUCUCAGGGCCGACUGCAGUAUUCUUCUCACCAAGAAUACGCAAAUUCUUCAGCAAUGGACUGAGCACUUUGGGGGCGUCCCCAACCGCCCUUCCACCAUCUCGGAUGCCUUUAUCACUCGUCUGCCUCAGGUGGAGACCAACUCCGACCUCCAUCUCUCUUCCUCUAAACAAAAACCAUCAAGGCCGUUGAACAGCUCUCCAGCGGGAAUGCGACCGGAUCGGACGCGAUCCUUGCUGAGAUCUACAAGCACGGUGGCCCCCAAUUCAUGGAUUACCUGACGACGCACUUCCAGAAGAUGUGGCGUCAAGGAGAAGUACCACAGGAGUUCAGGGACGCCACAAUCAUGCACCUCUAUACGCGGAAAGGAAACCGCCAAAUCUGCAACAACCAUCGAGGCAUUUCCCUGCUGAACAUCGCUGAGGAGAUCCUUGCUCACAUUUUACCCAACCACCUAAACAACCAUUAGAAACAAGGUCUCCUACCGGAAAGCCAGUGCAACUUCCGCCGUCAUCGGGGCGCCAUCGACAUGGGCUGCGCUUUCCGCCAGCUGCAAAGGAAGAGUCAGGAGAGGCGGAUCUAACUCUACCUACAUUCGUGAACCUGAUGAAAGCCCUCAAUGCGGUGAAUAGUGAAGAACUGUUGAAAAUCAUGCAGAAAUUCGACUGUCUCGAACUAUUCACUAGGAUGGUCCGUCAGCUCCACGGUGGCAUGAUGGCGCAGGUCACGAACAACGGAUUUGUCUCAGAGGCAUUCGCACUGACGAACAGAGUGAAGCAAGGCUGCGUUCUCACGCCUAUCCUCUUCAGUCUCAUGUUCACUGCCAUGUUUCUGGACCCCUACCGUGACGAACGCCCCAAGAUCCGCGUCGCCUACAGAGCGGACGGUCAACUGCUCAACCACAACAGGAUGCACUUUCAGACGCGUGUUUCCAAAACUACCGUCCACAAACAUCUCUAUGCCGAUGACUGCGCCCCCAAUGCAACUACUAAAGGAGAAGUACAAGAGAGCAUGAAUAUCUUCGCCGCCGCUUGCGAGAACUUCGAUCUGAUCAUCAACACGGAGAAGACAGUGGUCAUGCACCAACCGCCACCCAACACUGUCCAUAAUGCACCGCAAAUCACCGUGAACGGAACCUAA